AUGGCUGCAACCGAGAAGAAUGCCGAGGAGCUGAGAAAAGCUUCGCAGCUCUCCCACGUACCUCGAGAGUUGUGCGAUGCUCGCUUCCGUGCCCGAGCAUGGGCUCAUCAAUAUAACCACUUCUUUCCCACCGGUGCCGAGGCCAAUGCAACUUCCCUGCAGCAGACUCGAGCACAGAUGUUGCGCGAGAUUCUCGGCCGGGUAGAUGGCGACGACGUCGUCAUCGAGCCUCCUUUCAAUAUUGACUAUGGCUGCAACAUCAGUAUAGGCGAGCGAUUUUAUGCUAACUUUAAUCUUGUCAUCCUUGACUGUGCCAUCGUUACAAUUGGAAAUCGUGUUAUGAUGGGUCCCAACGUGUCGAUAUUCGCGGCCACCCAUGAGACUGAAGUCGCAAGUCGGAGAGACAACAUCGAGUAUGCCAGACCAGUCUCGAUCGGUGACGACUGCUGGAUAGGGGGUCAUGUGGUGGUUCUUCCUGGUGUCACAAUUGGCAAAGGGUGUGUGAUCGCGGCGGGCUCAAUCGUGACGAAGGAGGUACCGGCCUGGAGUGUUGCUAAAGGGGUCCCGGCGCGAGUGUUUAAGUCUGUUGAGCCAAUUGAGUGA